GAUUUCCGAGCGAUCGUGAAGCAGAUUACGGCUGUGUUCAGUCGUGCGUCUGUUGCUGCAUCAUCUCAGCUGAUCCGGAGGAUUUCCUCUGCAGGGACGGACACACCACCACCACGAACAUGGAUUUCAACGUGAAGAAACUCGCCUCCGAUGCAGGGGUUUUCUUCACCAGGGCGAUGCAGUUCACAGAGGAGAAGCUGGGCCAGGCUGAGAAAACCGAGCUGGACCAGCACCUGGAGAACCUCAUCAUCCGAGGUGACAGCACCAAGAACUGGACCGAGAAGAUCCUCCGACAAACCGAGGUUCUCCUGCAGCCCAAUCCCAGUGCUCGAAUAGAGGAGUUUAUCUAUGACAAACUGGACAAGAAGAUUCCCUCCAGGACGACCAACGCCGAGCUGCUGGGACAGUACAUGCUGGACGCUGCCACAGACUUUGGACCCGAGGCGCCAUAUGGUCAGACCCUGAUCACAGUGGGAGAGUACCAGAAGAGACUGGGCGGAGCUGAACGGGAGUUCAUCCACACGUCUGCCACCACCUUCCUAUCUCCUCUGCGUAACUUCCUGGAGGGAGACUGGAAAACCAUAUCGAAAGAGCGGCGGCUGCUGGAGAAUCGACGGCUGGAUCUGGACAUCUGCAAGGCGCGUGUGAGGAAGGCGAAGCAGGCGGAAGCAAAAGCCGCGGCUGAACCUGAUUUUCAGGAGACGAGGCCACGAAAUUAUGUUCUGUCCGCCAGUGCAUCAGCGCUGCUGAGCGAGGAGGUCGACAAAGCGGAGCAUGAACUCCGUGUGGCCCAGACGGAGUUUGACCGGCAGGCCGAGGUCACUCGUCUGCUGCUGGAGGGAAUCAGCAGCACGCAUCUCAACCACCUGCGCUGUUUGCAGGAUUUCGCAGAAGCUCAGGCCACGUACUACGCUCAGUGUCACCAAUACAUGCAGGAGCUGCAGAGGGAGCUCCACCGACGUACGAAUACCGUGGGCGCCCCGCACCCCCCGGCCACAGCUGCCGCCGGCCCCAAUCCAGCCUCGUCUGCUUUCCUGUCUGGACCCUCAUCCUCCGCAGACACAAGCUCACCUCUGUCUGGCCAAAAGGCUCCGGGAACGCUGUCUGCCGAGCAGCUGGCGGUCACAGGCACGAGAAAGGCCAAGGUCCUGUACGACUAUGAUGCUCACGAUGGCAGCGAGCUCUCCCUGUUGGCAGAUGAGCUCAUCACUGUUUACACCGUACCGGGAAUGGAUCCUGAUUGGUUGAUUGGAGAACGUGGAAACGAGAAGGGCAAAGUCCCGGUCACCUACCUCGAACUUCUGAGCUAAUGGACCAAAGAACAGGACACACACACACACACACACACACACACAGCAU